AUGUAAAUAUAGAAAGUAAGUUGUUUUGGGGCAGGUUAUGUAGGAGGACCAACAAUGGCUGUAAUGGCCUCAAAAUGUCCAAAAUAGACCUUUGUUGUUUAUGAUAUCAAUGAAUAGUAAAUAAACAAAUGGAAUACCAAACAAUAUCCAAUUUAUGAGGAAAACUUGAAUGAAUAUAUAAAUAAAACCAUAGAAAAAAAUUUAAUAUUCACAAAUGAUAUUGACCUUGCUUUAAAGGAUUGUGAUAUCGUAUUUUUAGCUGUCAAUACUCCAAGUAAAAGUUAUGGAUUAGGAGCUGAAUCUUAAUUAGAUAUAUCAUAUAUUGAUAGCUGUCUUCAAACCAUAAAGAAAUAUCCAUUGACCAGAAAACUAAUAUUGGUCGAAAAAUCAACUGUUCCUAUUAAAACUUGCGAUUAUAUUAAUGCAGUGUUAAAGAAUUAGAAUAUUUGUGUUUUGUCAAAUCCUGAAUUUUUGGCUGAAGGGACUGCAAUCUAAGAUCUUCUAUAUCCAGAUAGAGUUAUUAUUGGUGGAUCAUUAGAAUCCAGUUAGUAGCUUGCAUCAUUGUAUGAAUAGUGGGUACCCAAGGACAAAAUAAUUUUUACAAAUAUUUAUUCAGCCGAAUUAAGUAAAAUUGUUGCAAAUUCAUUCCUUGCUUAAAGAGUGUCUUCAAUUAAUAGUAUAUCGAUAAUCUGUGAUAAAAUUGGUGCAGAUGUCAAUUAAAGUAAUGUUAUCAGACUCUAUAUAUUUAUUAGUUUCAUAAUGUAUUGGGAGUGAUAGUAGAAUUGGUAAUAAGUUUUUGAAGACAUCUGUCGGAUUUGGUGGAUCAUGUUUCAAGAAAGAUUUGCUUUGUUUAAUAUAUAUGUGUGAGUCCCUUUAAUUAGAGGAGGUAGCAUAAUACUGGAGAUAAGUUUACCUAUUAAAUGAAUAUCAAAAACAAAGAUUUAUCAACUUAAUUAUUACAUCCAUGUUUAACUGUUUGAGAAAUAAAGUAAUUGUUAUUUUGGGGGUAACAUUUAAAGCUAAGACUAAUGAUACAAGAGAGAGUGCUGCUUUGAUGAUUAUUAAAAAAUUACAAGAGGAAUAGGCAAUAUUAAGAAUUUAUGAUCCCCAAGGAAAAAUAGAUAAUGUGGAGUAAUGUUAAAGUUUGGAUGGUAUUUUUUAAGGAGCAUCUGCUAUAGUGAUAAUAACAGAAUGGGAAGAGUAUAAUUAUGUUAAUAUAUAAUAGAUUUUCUAAAAUAGAUUAUGUUUAAGCUUUCAAUUAGAUGGCUAAACCUUCAUAUUGUUUUGAUGGUAGAAAUUUAUUAUCAGGUGAUUUAAUGAAAUCUAUUGGGUUUCUAUAUUAUGGAUUAGGGAGAGUAUGA